CUAAGCAAAGCAAGUAAAUGGGCAGCUCCAGCUCCAAGAACCCCAGCCACAUGUCGUCCCUGCCGUGGAUGGUGCGCAUCCAGGCAGCAGCCUUCCAGGUGGCACAACGUAGGGACGGCAGUAUAUGGCGCCCUCUUCUCUUCCUCGGCGACCUCAAGACAGCCGCCAGCCGCGCCACGCCCAGCCCGGACACCUCGGAGGUACGAUCCACCGAUAUCACGAUUGACGUCUCCCGCGGCCUCUGGGCACGCGUGUUCUGCCCCACGGCGAUCGCUGACGAUGCUCCAGCCCCGCUCCCCGUCUUUGUCUACUUCCAUGGCGGCGGGUUCAUGCUCUUCUCCGCGUCGUUCGGCCCCUAUGACACCUUCUGCCGCCGUCUCUGCCGGAAGCUCCGGGCCGUCGUCGUGUCCGUGAACUACCGCCUCGCCCCCGAGCAUCGUUUCCCGGCAGCAUACGACGACGGCGUCGCCACACUCCGCUACCUGGACGAGACCCCGACCCCACUGCUGGCCGACAUCGUACCGGCCCCUGUCGACCUCGCUAGCUGCUUCCUGAUCGGCGAUAGCUCGGGGGGCAACAUGGUUCACCACGUCGCCCAGCGUUGGGCGUCCAUGUCGUCGGCGACGUCGUUACAGCCUCCACUGCGCAUCCGCCGCCUCCGCCUGGCCGGUGCCGUCCUCAUACAACCGUUCUUCGGCGGGGAGGAGCGCACGGAGGCCGAGGUAAGGCUGGACAAGGCGUGCCGCAUAUUGUCGGUGGCUCGUGCGGAUCGCUACUGGAGGGAGUUCUUGCCCGAGGGAGCCAGCCGAGACCACCCGGCGGCGCGCGUGUGCGGGGAAGGUGUUGAGCUCGCAGACACGUUCCCGCCGGCGAUGGUGGUGACCGGUGGGAUCGACCUACUCAAGGACUGGCACGCAAGGUACGUGGAGACGUUGCGUGGGAAGGGGAAGCUGGUCAGGGUGGUCGACUACCCGGACGCCUUCCAUGGCUUCUACGUGUUCCCGGAGCUCGCUGAUUCCGGCAAACUAAUCGAGGACAUUAAGCUGUUCGUCGACGAUCAUAGGACUAAGGCCUCUGGUUCCGACUAGAUGCAUGUUGUAUUGUUGUGUCAUGCAUGCAGAGCCAUGCAUGCGCGACCAGUGCACGUUCGCCCUUGCUGCCUUGCUGUUGUGUUCUGCAUACCAUACACUGGUCGAAUAAAAAAGACCCAUUGUUAAA